AUCCCGCGUAUUAAUCGAAUUUCACGUUUUGUGCGUCUUCUUAUGGAUCCCCCGAACGCCCGGCCUUCCUUCGAAAUCCACAUUGUCUCUUCCGUCGACUCUCCUGACUACACUCAGCUAACCCGCACGCUGACUCGCUCUAAGCUUAUUGCGCUCGACGCCGAGUGGAAGCCCCUUCGAUCUCCUAAUCAUUCUUCCUUUCCCAGAGUCUCGCUUCUCCAGAUCGCUUGCCAAUUCCACUUGGACCAGCCGAAUGAUUCCGUGGUUUUUCUGCUCGACCUGCUGUCGCUUCCUUUAUCCUCAGUUGGGGAUUUGUUAAGGGAUGUGUUUGUUUCACCCCAUGUUUUGAAAUUGGGUUUUCGAUUUAAGCAAGAUUUAGUUAACUUGUCGACUACUUUCUGCUCCUAUGGCGGCGUCUCUGGGCUUGAUCGUAUUGAACCCUUUAUGGAUAUUACGAGCAUAUACAAUCAUCUUCAGCAUAAGCAAUAUGGAAGAAAGAUGCAUAAGCAAGCGAAGAGUCUUGCCGCUAUCUGCAGUGAAGUUCUGGAAUUUUCUCUUUCGAAGGAACUUCAAUGUAGUGAUUGGUCCUAUCGUCCCCUUACAGAAGAGCAGAUAGCAUACGCAGCCAUGGAUGCCCACUGCCUGCUCGAAAUCUUUAAUAUCUUCUACUCCAAGGUUCUAAAAGAAGGAGAUGUUUUAAGGAACGUUUCUGCAGUUCCUUCCAUUGAAGUGAAUAUUGGGUUGAAAGUGAUUCUGGAAAAGCAAGAUACGCAUGAGAAGAUAUUAAGGACCAAGAUUUCUGAAGCCUCAUACAUUAUCAGAGCUACUGCAUCCGAUUUUCCACAGAGUACGCCUACUGUAAGGGCACAUUGUUCUGCGUCAUCGAGUAUAGAUUGUAUGCCUAUGGAUGAAGAUCUUCUGAAAAUUGUCAAGAGAUAUGGUGAAAAAAUUAUUUUGAAAGAGUCAGACAAAAUGCCCAGGACCUCCAAAAGAAAAGGCAAGAGAUCAUCGACUAUGAAAGUGGUUUGCAGUGAAAAGAAAAUUCUGGGUGUUGAAGAUUGGCAGGGCCAACCACCGUGGGAUUUGUCCUUAGGGGGUGAUGGAUGCCCUAAAUUUCUAUGUGAUGUUAUGGUUGAAGGUCUGGCAAAACAUCUGCGUUGUGUUGGGAUUGAUGCUGCAGUUCCGUUUUCCAAAAAGCCGGACUCUAGGGAAUUAAUUGAUCAAGCAUGCAAGGAGAAGAGAGUACUCUUGACCAGGGACGCUAAACUGCUGAGACAUGAGUAUUUGCUAUGCAAUCAAAUAUACAGAGUUAAAAGUCUUCUAAAGAACGAGCAGUUACUCGAGGUUAUUGAAACUUUCAAUUUGAAAAUUAGUGAGGAUCAGCUGAUGUCUAGAUGUACCAAAUGCAAUGGAAGGUUUAUUCAAAAGCCGCUUACAACGGAGGAGGCUGUGAUGGCAGCAAAGGGGUUCCAAAGAAUUCCGGACUGUUUGUUCGACAAGAAUUUAGAGUUCUGGCAGUGCAUGGACUGUCACCAACUAUACUGGGAGGGGACACAAUAUCACAAUGCAGUCCAGAAGUUCAUUGAUGUUUGCAAGUUGAAUGAGUAGGUUAAAAUGAAUGAUCAUCAUGAACAAAGAAUCUAAGCAAUUUUCUCUCCAGCAGUAUCUGCCCCUCAGCUUCAUCAUUCUGUAUACGACCAACUAGCACACCUCUUGGCUAUGGACACAUCCACCGAGUCAACUCCUGGGGGGAAAUUUCAGGUGCAGACAAUGAGGAUCCGGUGACUUACUGGUAAAUUGCGAUGGAAAAAAAUUGGAGCAUGAGUUUAGCCUUUCUGGUUACGAAUAUAAUGUUUUUAAUGAAAUUCUUUUUCUUAACCUUACUGAUUGGUUUUGGACUUUCAACUCUCUUUUCACGAGUUCUUGAUAGUGAAGAUAUACAUUGCGCAUAUUAGGUAAGGCAUACGAGAAACUUAACUUUUACAUUGCUUAAACCUCUUUCUUUUGGAAAAGAAAUAGCAAUGCAUUUCCCAUAAAAGCCAAAAUUUACUAUUUCCUCUUCAUUUGUUGUCAUGAAGGAUGUAGAAGAAGAUUAUUACAUCUCAUACACAUGAAGCUGAAUCAUAAAAGCACAUAGGUUUAACUUCAUUGGCCUGCUUUUUCCACAUUAAUCAAAGUCAAGUUAGAAAGGGCAGAUUAUGAUAUGAAAGAUGGGGGUAAUCUUUCAUUUUCGAUGGCUGAUUUUCAGCACCUGAUCAAGUGGGAAGUGGGAAAACUUAAAGUUGAAGUUUAAAUCCUUGUCAAUGGUUGAUUCUUUGAAGGGUCCCACCUGCUAAUUCUGCUUAGUGGGUGGAUCCACCCAUGCUUGAUUUUGGGCUAUAGAGUCUAUGUCUUGUAAAGAUUGCAAUGUUUAUAAAGGGAAUACCUUCUGGGUUGAGGCAUAGGAGGGAUAAUAAUUGUGCCAUAUUUAGUCACUAUGCUCGUCUGAGUAUUUUUUU